AUGGAUUUACAAACUCCGUCUGUUCUGGCGCAAUUGCCUCGCCCUCUUCACGCUUCUACCGGCAAAACUCGCAUCGGCGAUGUCUUCAGUCUCGCCGAUGCGAAAAAGCGCAAGCGCUAUGAAGUCGCUGUCGCAAUUGAUGGAGAGGCUGUCAACAUUUACAACGUGCAAACUCCCAAGCUCGUGACCUCGUACGCUGUCCCGCCGCAAUCUACCUUCUCUUGUCGACCGUGCUCGGUUCGCAGAAAGUUGUCGAAAGAUUCGACAGUCAAACGACAAACAUAUGCCGCUGUGAACAAGCCCGAGCACCAAAUUAAGUGCUUUGUAGAGGAAAUCAGCAGCACUGGCUCGAAUGCUCCCGCCAUUUCCUCCUCCACUGCCACUGUCGCAGAUUCGAGCAGUCCUACCACUUUUGUCGGCAUUGUCCCUUCUGGGACUGACGAUGGGGAGAGCACAGACCCGUUCGACAUUCUAGCAGUCCACCAGGAUGGCCUCGUGCGUAGGAUGUCAUCGGAUUUAAAAUCCGAACGAUGGAGCCUUAAGCAUAGCGAAGUUGCUAAACUCUGCUCAACCCACAGGAUUCAUUCAUGCUUUCUGGUCGAAUUUGAUGAUGCCAAGAAGGCACUUUUCAAAAGAAGACAAGAUUUAGCCGCACUGGCGCUCGGGGAUCUAACGACUUCGGGAGCCGAGCCAUCCAUACUAUUGCUAGUCUCUCACCCCGCGGGCAACGAUGAGAUUGAAUUGAAGGACGUCAGUGUGCAAAUGUUUUCGGUUCCCGCGGAUGCACAACCGCAAUCCAUUGCACUGGAUGAAAGUCAGCGGUUGCGGCAUUUGCAAACCAUCCACAUUCCUGAUCUUAGUGAGUUGAAGGGGAUCAGUAGCAGCUCCAUGCAUUGGAACUUCCAUUCAGGGUCGGCAGGGCUGAAUCUCUCUUUUGAGAAUGGCUUCCUCAAUGUCGAUCUCUCGCAAUAUUCGCCCACACUGACGUCGCAGUUCGUCCUCGAUGAUGAACGCUUCUCUUCCAUCAUGCGCAUUUCUCCGCAGUCUGUGAUCGGUGCCAGUCAAUCUCUUGUUGCAGUAUACGACACUCAAUAUCAAUCUGUGCAGCGCAGUAUUGCCGUUGGGGACAUUGUAUCGGGCGCCGGAUCGACCGCAGAAGGCCCUACGGUCUUCAUCAGCUACUUCGCCAAGCUGGGGAUUGCAGUUGCGACGAAAGGAAAUACUUUGAUUGCAUUCGACUUAAGCUCGCUGCAUCAUGCACCAAGCUCCUCACUCAAGCGAUCGAGGGAUGGUCUCCUAAUUGAUGCUAUCGGGCGCGGCAUCGGCUCUUCUGCUUCUCAAUGGGAUAUGGGAUCCAAAAAACACCGUUUCGAGAACAUGGCUUCCCUGGGGCUCACCUCCCCUGAGCAAAUGAAGAAGUGGAAGAAGCUUACUCAAGCUGUUGAAGACGCCACAAAGUCCAAAAACCCAACCUUGUUUGACCAAGCGGUGUCGGCAUACUUCCGCUCUGACGCUUCCACCUCAUUGCCAGAACGUGGACAAUAUGUGAAUCCCGAGGCAACCCUCUUCUUACUGUCCAAGAUCUUUGCCGUUCAGGAGUCGACACUCACAGACAAAGUAUCAGCCUCUUCAUCAUCUCAGCUCCGCGUUGUAAUGUGGCCUCCCAUUACAUGCGAUUGGCUUAUUCGCCUGGGGCACCUGUCCCUUGACAAUGUGGAGAUUGCGCUGCGACGAGCUUGCAAGCCACGCAUUCUCCAGUCGCUUCCGACGGGAUCUUUCGUCCAGGCCUUGGUUGAUUCUGAUCCGUCUCUGACGCACGUUAAUCAAGUCCUCGAGGGCCCGGCCCUGAUCUCCUCGGACGAGCUGGCUUAUGCGCUUAGAAUCUUCCUGGAUCAAGCACGAUCGCGCUCAGGUGCCCUCGAGGAAACCGCGCGAGCCGUCACAAACGGCGAUGUUUCUACCCCUACACAGGAACUCUCACGUCAUCUCGGGGGCGAGACGGCAUCGCUGAAGGAUGUCUUGAAGGGCUUGAACACUUCUCUGCAGAAGAUUCACUCGCAGCCACUACCAACGCUGGUUCAGUCUCUGCGCUCUAGUCUGUCUCGAACGGAUCUCAUUUCCAUGGUUCACCACCUCCGUCUUUCUCUUGCCUUUGGCGGUUACACCUCUCGCUUCACCGAAAACCCCCCUACGCCAAUUACUAUCGAUCAAAUCACCCCAACACUUUCCCUCAACACCAUCAUCGACCUCAUUACUGCUUCAGUGGAUGCUGUCGGUCCAUCAGGCUGGAUUUCGGCCCUCCCCGCUGUGAAUGAUCUCGAAAAUGGCUCUGAAUUCGCUAGUCGUGAGACGGAGCUGAUUGCCGACAUGAAGUCCGAAGUCUCCGCUGCGCUUGCAGGCGUGGAAGAAGCGACAUACUUGAAAGGUAUCCUGCACGAGUAUCUCCGUUUCGCUGACCAAGUGGCCACUUCAGCGACCACGUCUGCGGAUGCCCUGGCCAAGAUUGAAACCGAAACCGCGACCCCGGGUCCAUCGCACCUGGUCCGGUACGAGAAACUUAACGGUGCGGACCUGAUGGUCUUUACCCGCCCCGGCGAGGGUGAAGAUGGCUACGAUGGUGACGCCGGUGGCAAGUUGCUGCCACUGUCGCUCAAGCCCGGCUCUGCGGAUGUUGAACAUACCAAGCUGAAGAAGUCCACUGGUGAGACUAAGAAUAGGACUAGCCGUGAGAUUGGGUACCUGCGCCGCAAAGCGGUGGGCAAGUACUCGUUCGAGAGACUUCUCGUUUAA